UGCUCGCACCGGAAGAGAAGGGGGCAGCUCUCUCAGCCAUCUUGUGGCAGCAUCCAGCGAUUCGGUCGCAUCAAGCCUCGUAGAAUCGGAGGUGAAUCCCGUCGAAGGGGCGCCAUCAUGCCCGGACACUUGCAGGAAGGCUUCGGCUGCGUCGUGACCAACAGGUUCGACCAGCUAUUGGACGACGAGUCCGACCCGUUCGAGAUCCUGAAAGCCGCUGAAAAUAAGAAGAAGGAGGCGGCCGCCGCUGGCUCUACGAAAACCGCGGCUCAAGCCGCAAAGCAGCCGAAGAAGGAGUCCCAGAAGGACAGGAAAAACCCACUGCUGGACAAAAAGGAGGAGUCUCAGGCGCCGGUUCCUCUGAAGAAAGAAGGAAUCAGGCGGGUGGGCAGAAGACCGGAGCAGCAGGGUCAGUCUGGAUCCCAGCACCAAGGCGGGCAGGGAGAAGGACGACCUGCAGACAAGAGGCCGGACCGGAGACCUCCCCGGGAACGGCGCUUCGAGAAGCCCGCUGAGGAGAAGACAGAGGGAGGCGCAGAUUUCCCUGUAGACAAGCCCUCUGGAGACAGGCCUCCGAGGGGACGUGGCGGCGGACGGGGGGGACGUGGCGGUAGAGGACGCGGCAUGGGCCGCGGCGAGGGCUUCGACUCUCGUGGGAAACGGGAAUUCGACAGGCACAGCGCCAACGACAAAUCUUCAAAAGGUGAGGAGAAGCGCGGCGGUUCUGGCUCGCACAACUGGGGCAAUGUGAAGGAUGAAGCCAGUGAAGCUGAACAGCCUGCUGCUCCUGAGCCGACUCCAGAGGGAGAGGAAAACGCACCGGCCGGUUCCGAGAACAAAGAGAACGAGGUUGAAGAGGUGAAACCGGAAGGCCCCAGAGAGAUGACACUGGACGAGUGGAAGGCCAUGCAGGACAAGGAGCGCACCAAGGUGGAGUUUAACAUCCGCAAGCCCAACGAAGGAGCCGACAGCCAAUGGAAGAAAGGAUACGUGCUGCACAAGUCCAAGAGUGAAGAUAGGCCUGUUGGAGCUUUGAUCGACACCUCGGAAACAGAACCAGAAUCCCAGACUCUUUACCAGAAGCAGGGCCCCGUCGACGAGUCCGCAGACCACCAUUUCCGCAAACCAGCCAACGACAUCACAUCCCAGCUGGAGAUCAACUUCGGAGACCUCGGCCGUCCUGGACGCGGGCGUGGCGGCGCUCGCGGAGGCAGGGGAGGCCGCGGCGGUGGAGGCAGCCGGACGGCGCGUGGGGGAGGACGUUCUGAAAAGGUGAAGACAAACAAAUCUCGCCUGGGAUGUUUAGUUGGAGUGAAGAUUUGUCCUGAUGGGUUUGGGGUGGUGGUGAUGUGA